CAUAUUUGGAAGGUCUUGACUGUAUUUCGAACUGGUUCAUGAACCAUAUUUGCAAUUAAUAAUUUUCAUUAUAUGGUUAAAGCAAUUCAUUUGAAAGAGAAGUCUGGAAAAAGAUCUACAACGGACAAAUAAAAAAUCAAAUUUAUUCUUCAAUUUGGAAAACCAUCUAAACGCGAACUCUAGUAUAUGGAAUUAAAUCUGCAUUUGAAAUAUCAAAUGCAUACAUGGGAAUACAUUUAGUGGUAUAAUAUGUGGAUCCAGCACAUGUCGCAAUCUUUUUGGCAGAGAUGAGCCCUUUAAAUAUAUAUAUCCUUCAAGGUUUUUCAAAGAGAUCAAGGAAAGAAACACCCGGCCGGCCUUACUUGUCCUACAGUUCUCUCAAGUCCUCGAUCCAAUGAUGCCCCGAAAGACCAAAGGUCGCCAAAAGAUUCAGAUGACAAGAAUGGCGAAAGAAAGUAACUUAUUGGUUACCUUCUCCAAACGUCGUGCUGGGCUUUUCAAGAAAGCAAGUGAACUAAGCAUCUUGUGUGGGGUUGAAAUCACAAUCAUCGUCUUUUCCCCAGGUAAAAAGGUGUUCUCCUUUGGCCAUCCAUCUGUUGAGAUGAUUGUUGAUCGCUUCCUCUCACAAAAUCCUCCACCAAGUUCUAGCACAUCUCAACUUAUGGAUGCUCAUCGCAAUGCCAAAAUCCACGAACUCAAUAGGCAACUUACUUAUGUAAUUAGUCAAUCCGAGUUUGAGAAGAACAAAAGUGAACACCUUAGCGAGAUCAGGAAAGCAGGCCAAGAUAAUCACUGGUGGGAAGCUCCAAUUGAGAACCUGAGAUUACCAGAACUUGAGCAGUUGAAAGUAGCAAUGGAGGCACUGAAAAAGAACAUUGGAGAGCAGUCGAAAAGGCAUCUGGUGGAGGCUGCAAACUCAAUGCCAAUUGUCCCAAUCUCUGGUUCUAUGGGGAUAGCUGGGGACUCAGUUGAAGAUAAAGGUUCUGGGCUUGGAUUAUCCAUGACUUCACAUGGAGUAUGGCCAUUUCAGUCGUUGAAUCAGGCUUCUAGUUCAAGACACUUGGAGAUUGAUGGGAGUAACUCAAGAAGGUUUUAAGGCUAUGGAGUGGCUGGUGUGCUUUGCAAGGGAUUAAUUCUAUGUUAUUCUAGACUUUAUUUGUAUUUUGUCUUUCGAACUCUCUAAGUAUCAAUUUUUUUGGAUAAUUUUAUUUCUCUCUUGUUUGUUCU